AUGGAGGCCUUCCCUCGACUCGUCCGCAAUGGCCUGCGCCGCGCUCCUCAGCACCCCUUUCUGCGUUCCCAAUGCCGCUCUCUUCGACCCUUGCGAACCCCAUCCCACGUCGUCAGGCUAGCCCAUUCGUCUUCUCUGAACCGGCCCUCGUCUACCCUCCAGCUCCGGCUUCAACGCCAGUUGCCGCGAUCUUUCACUCCUGGAGCCGUCCGUCUCAUAUCUACCAAGGAGCUACCCAACCACCAUGGACCUUUAGCACGCUUUAUCUAUCGUGUUUUCGCAUGGACGGGUAUCUUCAUCGUCUUUAGUGGCGCUUUAGUGGUCGCUUUCUUCGUUUACGAUGCAUCAACAUACAAAGAAGAAUCCCACAAACGCGAUAUCCCCGUCGCAGAAGCUGCUCUGUUCCCCGAAAGAGGGGGCCCAAAGAACUUGCCAAUAGCUCAGGUCCUGGUUGACGAUGAGGAUUGUCAAACAAUGCUCGAACAAAAACACAAACCCAAGCUCGUCAUCUUGGGCACCGGUUGGGGCAGUGUUGCCAUGCUUAAAGAACUCAACCCGGGAGAUUACCAUGUCACCGUCGUUUCUCCCGAUAACUACUUUCUCUUCACCCCUAUGCUCCCAUCCGCCACCGUUGGCACCUUGGAGCUGCGCUCUCUGGUGGAACCCGUGCGCAAGAUCGUCAACCGAUUGAGGGGCCAUUUCCUCAGAGCCGAAGCCGUUGACGUCGAUUUCUCCCAUAAACUUGUCGAAGUAGCUCAAAUUGACGCCAAAGGAGAGAAACAAUCCUUCUAUCUCCCUUAUGACAAGCUCGUUGUUGGAGUAGGAUCUACCACAAAUCCCCACGGUGUGAAAGGUUUAGAGAACUGCAAUUUUCUGAAAACUAUAGAAGACGCUCGCCUUAUUAAGAACAAAGUCCUGCGCAAUCUUGAGCUUGCAUGUUUACCAACAACCACAGACGAGGAAAGAAGAAGGUUGUUGUCCUUCGUCAUCAGCGGCGGUGGACCAACAGGAGUUGAAUUCGCUGCCGAGCUUUACGAUAUGCUCAACGAAGAUCUCUUAAACUCCUUCCCACGCCUGCUACGAAAUGAAGUUUCGGUCCAUGUCAUCCAGUCUCGCGGCCACAUAUUGAAUACUUACGACGAGGCCUUGUCCAUAUACGCUGAGAAACGUUUCGAACAUGACCAGGUCGAGGUCCUGACCAACGCCCGAGUGAAGGAGGUCCAGCCUGAUAAAAUCAUAUUCACACAAAUGGAAGAUGGUAAGCCUGUUGCCAAGGAACUCCCCAUGGGUUUCUGUCUCUGGUCGACUGGUGUCGCUCAAACCGAGCUGAGUAGAAAACUUGCGAACAAACUGGGAGAUUUCCAGAACAAUCGGCAUGCUCUGGAGACUGACACCCACCUCAGGCUGCUGGGCACUCCUCUCGGGGAUGUGUACGCAAUUGGAGAUUGCUCAACCGUACAGAACAAUAUUGCUGACCAUUUAACGACCUUCCUUCGCGGCAUGGCGUUCGAGCAAGGAAAGGAUCCUGAUAAGCUUCACAUCACAUUUCAAGAUUGGCGUUCUGUGGCACAGAAAGUCCGAAAACGCUUCCCGCAAGCUGCAGGCCAUCUGAAGCGUCUUGACAAAUUGUUCCAAGAGUACGACAAGGACCAGUCUGGUACUCUUGACUUCGGCGAACUCCACGAGCUUCUCGUACAGAUUGACAACAAACUCACCUCCCUUCCCGCAACCGCCCAACGAGCCAAUCAACAAGGUCAAUACCUGGGCCGCAAAUUCAAUAAAAUCGCAGCGGCCAUCCCUGGAUUUAGAGCGAAUGAAGUAGAUUUCGGAGACUUGGACGAAGCAGUCUACAAAGCAUUUGAGUAUCAUCAUAUGGGCAGCCUUGCCUAUAUCGGUAAUGCAGCGGUCUUUGAUUUCGGUGGACUGAACUUUAGUGGUGGGCUGAUGGCUGUGUAUCUGUGGAGAAGUAUUUACUUCGCUCAGAGCGUCAGCAUCCGAACGCGUAUCCUGCUGGCCAUGGAUUGGAGUAAGAGAGCCUUGUUUGGACGAGGUAUGCCUCCUUGA